AUGUGCCCCCCCGGCGCCCGCGUCCCCGCGGCACCCGCGUCCUCACACGGCUCUGCCGCCCGCAGCCUGGCGCUGCAGGAGCCCGAGGCGGCGGCGCCCAGCGCCGGAGCGGAGGAGAGCUCGGAGCCGCAGGGUGAGGACGAGGAGGAGGAGGAGGAAGAGCUGCCAGCAGCUGCGGCGGAGAGCGGCGCGGAGCCGGCUGGGGCGCUGGCGGCCGAGCCGUCGUCGGCCACCCUGCGCCUGGCGCUGCCGGCGUUCCCGGCGUUCCCGGCACCUGGCUUCGCCGAAGGGCUGGCCGAGGCGGCCCUGGAGGACGUGGAGACCCUGCGGCUGCUGCUGCUGCGGCGGCUGCCGGCGGGCCGCGCCGCCGAGCCCGAGGACGACGUGACGCCCACGCCGUCCGUCACGGACGGGGCCUGGCCCUCGGCGCCGGGUGGCCGGCCCGCGGAGCACCCGGAGCAGAGCGGGGAGCAGCCGGACGCGGCGGGCGCGAGCGGCUACAGAGUCGUCCGGAAAGCCCCAGAGGAGGGUGCUGAGGAGGCCACGCCCUCACCAAGCAGCAGCCAAUCAGAGAAUGAGCUGCAGGAAGGAGGCGGAGCUAAUGUAGAUGGCCGCGUCCCCUUCCCACCAGGGCAGGGGCUGCCUUUGUGUCCCAUUCCCGUGGGUGGCCACAUCCCAGUGGUGGCUGUGUCCCCGUGGUAG